GCAUGCGCAGAGAGCGGCGUGACACUCGUGUAGUGGAGUCUGUCCCGGCUCGGUCUGUCAGCGGAUCAUGUCGUGGCUGUUCGGGCUUAAUAAAGGCCAGAGCGGCGGCACACCAGAGCUCCCGCCGCCGCCCACCCCUCCCGCUCCUCCCGGCGGCUCCGGCGGUUCUGGUGCGGCGGACAAACCCAAGGACAAAUGGAGCAACUUCGACCCGACCGGGCUGGAGCGCGCGGCGCAGGCGGCCAGAGAGCUGGACCAGUCCCGUCAUGCCAAGGAGGCUUUGGAUCUGGCGCGGAUGCAGGAGCAGACGGUUCAGAUGGAGCACCAGGGCAAGAUCAAGGAGUACGAGGCAGCAGUGGAGCAGCUGAAGGGUGAGCAGAUCCGCAUUCAGGCUGACGAGCGCAGGAAAACCCUGAACGAGGAGACCCGACAGCACCAGGCCAGGGCGCAGUAUCAGGAUAAACUGGCGCGGCAGCGGUACGAUGACCAGCUCCGACAGCAGACACUACUGAACGAGGAGAACCUGCGCAAACAGGAGGAGUCCGUGCAGAAGCAGGAGGCCAUGAGGAGAGCCACUAUUGAGCAUGAGAUGGACCUGCGGCACAAGAACGAGAUGCUGCGCGUGGAGGCGGAGUCUAAAGCUCGUGCGCGCGUGGAGAGGGAGAACGCUGACAUCAUCAGAGAGCAGAUCCGGCUGAAGGCGGCUGAGCACAGACAGACCGUGCUGGAGUCUAUACGGACUGCAGGAGCCGUGUUUGGCGAAGGGUUUCGUGCCUUCAUUUCAGACUGGGAUAAAGUCACGGCUACGGUAGCAGGGCUAACGCUGCUAGCGGUGGGUGUGUAUUCCGCCAGGAACGCCACUGCGGUCGCCGGCCGCUACAUCGAGGCUCGUCUGGGCAAACCGUCGCUGGUUCGGGAAACGUCUCGCUUCACUGUGGCGGAAGCUCUCAAACACCCCGUCAAGGUGGUGAAGCGUCUGCAGAGUAAACCGCAGGAUGCGCUGGAGGGCGUGGUGCUCAGCCCGCCGCUGGAGGAGCGCGUGCGCGACAUCGCCAUCGCCACCAGGAACACCCGGCAGAACCGCGGCCUGUACCGAAACAUCCUGAUGUACGGCCCGCCCGGCACGGGGAAAACACUCUUCGCUAAGAAGCUGGCGGUGCAUUCUGGGAUGGAUUACGCCAUCAUGACGGGGGGGGACGUGGCGCCGAUGGGUCGAGACGGAGUGACGGCGAUGCACAAGGUGUUCGACUGGGCGGCAACCAGCCGGCGCGGGCUGCUGCUGUUCGUGGAUGAAGCUGACGCAUUCCUGCGCAAGAGAUCCACUGAGAAGAUCAGCGAGGAUCUGCGUGCAACUCUGAACGCAUUCCUGUAUCGCACUGGAGAACAGAGCAACAAGUUCAUGCUGGUGUUGGCCAGUAAUCAGCCGGAGCAGUUCGACUGGGCCAUAAAUGACCGAAUUGACGAGAUCGUGAACUUCAUGCUGCCGGGCCCCGAGGAGCGCGAGAGACUGGUGCGACUCUACUUCGACAGAUAUGUGCUGGAGCCGGCCACCGGGGGACGCCAGAGGCUGAAGCUGGCUCAGUUUGAUUACGGACAGAAGUGUUCGGAGAUCGCCAAGCGUGUGGAAGGAAUGUCUGGACGAGAAAUCUCGAAACUCGGAGUCGCCUGGCAGGCGGCAGCGUACUCCUCGGAGGACGGAGUUUUGAGUGAGGCUAUGAUCGAUGCGCGUGUAGACGCCGCGGUCCGCCAGCACCGGCAGAAGAUGGACUGGCUGCACGGAGAGGGAGUUCUGGAUAACGAGGGUCGGACGGCGGCUGCAGAAACACACACCAAAGCUGCCAACAUGGGCUUCACGCCGCCACUCAAGGCACAGGAAGUGCUUAGGCCUCUACAGGAAGUGCCAGAGGACAGCCAGAACAAACAUGAUGGGACUCCCGUUUAACGUUCGCCUAGAGUCUGUUUAAUGUAUUAGUAGAAGGAAACUUAUUAAAAGUGCAGUAUCGUCUGUGUUUGUGUCGCUGGCUCGUGUUUACGACAGCAGUUUGUCAAGCUAAUGCUAAUUCACUGUUAAUAAUCACCAAGACUGGAAACAAGUUCUAAUGAAAUCAGAUGGAAACUGUUUUUAUGUCUGACAGUAAAGCCUCUUUCAUUUUUA